GACCACAUAUGCUCCUGCCAGUCAUAUUGAUUUCGAGUAUUGAAAGUGUGUCUUUGCUGCUGCCACUGUCAUUAUCCUCUGCACCCAAUUCCAGAUCAUGCAGAUGACACAACAAGACCCUAAGGCUGAGAAGGCCCACUGGAAUGAUGCAGAGACUAUGGCGAUGCUAGAUUAUCUUAUCCUGCAUCAAUCAAAGUUAGGUGGCAUGACCUUCAAGCUUUCGACAUUCAAUGAUGCUGCUACCGAUCUCCGUACCAAGAACUUGAAAACUCAAGGCGCCACAAAGACAGGAAUACAUUGCAGAAGCAAAUGGAAUACAACUGGGUACACUCAAAUCAACAAAUACCUUCAGAAAUUGGGUGUUCAUUGGGAUCCUGUGGUUGGGGCCAAUAUUCAGGGGAAAGCCGCUGAA